CACCUCCAAACACACAAAACUCCCAUCAGCUAAAAAAUUUUCAAAACACAAACGCACAAAAAUGGCAGCAACAACGUCAUCGUCUCAUCUUCUUCUCUCAAGCUCUCGCCACGUGGCAGCCUCAUCUCAGCCACAAAUCCUUUUCCAGAGAUCUCUGUUUUCCGGCGGGAAACGAUCAGCAGCUGGAAAAAACCAUCAUGCUAGUGGUGGAGUGAGGUGUAUGGCGGUUGCAGCGGAUGCUUCGGCGGAGGCUAAGCCGGCGGCAGCGAGGAAGAAGAGUGGGUACGAGCUUCAGACGCUGACGGGUUGGUUGCUGAGACAAGAGCAGAAAGGAGAGAUAGAUACAGAGCUGACGAUAGUGAUGUCGAGCAUAGCGAUGGCUUGUAAGCAGAUCGCUUCGCUUGUACAGCGCGCCGGAAUCUCUAAUCUGACCGGCGUUCAAGGAGCCGUUAACAUUCAGGGAGAGGAUCAGAAAAAGCUCGACGUCGUCUCUAAUGAGGUAUUUUCAAACUGUUUGAGAUCAAGUGGAAGGACAGGGAUCAUUGCGUCAGAGGAAGAGGACGUCCCCGUAGCAGUUGAAGAGAGUUACUCCGGAAACUACAUUGUCGUCUUUGAUCCUCUCGACGGUUCCUCCAACAUCGACGCUGCAGUCUCCACUGGUUCAAUCUUCGGUAUCUACAGCCCCAAUGACGAGUGUAUCGUUGACGACUCCGACGAUAUCUCCUCUCUUGGUUCAGAAGAACAAAGGUGUAUAGUAAACGUGUGUCAACCAGGGAACAACUUGCUCGCAGCUGGCUACUGUAUGUACUCGAGCUCAGUCAUCUUCGUUCUCACCUUAGGCAAGGGCGUUUUCUCCUUCACACUCGACCCAAUGUACGGCGAGUUCGUCCUCACUCAAGAGAACAUUGAGAUCCCCAAAGCAGGGAAAAUCUACUCUUUCAACGAAGGGAACUACCAGAUGUGGGACGAGAAACUGAAGAAGUACAUUGAUGAUCUUAAGGACCCUGGUCCAAGUGGGAAGCCUUACUCUGCAAGGUACAUUGGUAGUUUGGUCGGAGACUUUCACAGAACUUUGUUGUACGGUGGGAUUUACGGGUACCCUCGUGACGCCAAGAGCAAAAACGGUAAGCUUAGGCUUUUGUAUGAGUGUGCACCGAUGAGUUUCAUCGUUGAACAAGCUGGAGGAAAAGGAUCAGAUGGCCACCAAAGAGUACUAGAUAUCCAACCCACCGAGAUACAUCAGAGGGUUCCACUUUACAUUGGAAGCAAAGAAGAAGUAGAGAAGCUGGAGAAGUACUUGGCUUGAGUCAUGUACCAAACAUAAGCCUUUUGAUUUCUGUUGUAGCCAUUUGUCUGACUACAUGGCACAUCCCAAUAGAUGCAUAAACGAUGAAAGUUCUAUUUUGUUAUCCUGAGAUUUUGGAGGUUAAAUACAAAACUAAAAAAAUAUAUUUUAAAUAUUA